AAAAAACCAAGGCAAAAUUAGGACGUAGAAAGUGUGCCAAUUUUAAGUUCUCAUAUUUCACAGAAUUUUAAACAUACACGUAUUAGAAGACAAGAGAAGCCAUCGAGUAGAACUGAAAAUCAUUUCUAGUAUUCACAAUAGCAUGUUGGGAAUCCAAGCAGAAAGGAAUUGAUUUCCAUGUAAUAUAUAUCCAAUAGUUUCUAAGAUUCAAUGACGUCAUUGUCCAUUAAGCUACCUGAAUAUGCUGAAAAAAAAAUCUGUGUCUUAGCGAAAAAUGAACACAAAUAAUUAAGGUGCUUUACCAUGUUUACCUGAAAAAUCGGAAACAAAACCCGAAUGAAGGCAUUGACUAACACAGUUAGUAGGACAGAGACAGACAGGGUGUCAUAAUUUUAAAGAGCCAAAAAAUUAUAAUCCAAUUUCAUAGAAGUAGGAAAUGCAAACAAACAAUAAGUUUCCUACUUACAUCCUUACCAGUUGUUAAAGAUGGAAUUGAGUCUCCAAGAAGAUAUUGUAGAAAACAAUGAUGAGAUUAAAGUUGAAGGUGAAAUUUUGACAUGGGACACCCUCUGGUUUGAAGUUUGUAGUUCUGGGGAGCACAUUGAGGAUAACAAGGAAACUGUGAACACUUUCUCUGAAACAGCUGGCUGUGAUCAAGUUAUUUGUUGUACAGAAAUAAAUAAUGAUGAUGCAAGUGGCAGCAUCCUUAAUAUUCAAAACAUUGAAAGUAAAGGCAAUGAUGUCAGUGCAGUGACCACUAAAAGGGAGUCUUCUCAAAAACCAGAACAUGCAAAUGAUUAUGCUGUUGCAGAGGUCAAAAGAAAAAAUAGUAGUGUCAUGGAUGAAGCAACAGGGUCACCACGUAUGAAGAAAGCUUGUGCCACUAAUCAAGACACAUUAAGUAGAACAAGUAAAGAAAAUAAUAAUUCAGAAAACGAGACAAGUUCAAGUAAAAAAAAAAAUGAAGAUACAAGUGCAAGUGUCCUAAAUAAAAAUGACAAUCAAAACAUUGGAAGCAAAGACAAUGUUGUUGGUGCAGUGAUCCCCAAAAGUGCAUCCUCUAAAAAACCAGAACAUGCAAAUGACGAGACUACUGCAGAGGUCAAAAGGAGAACUAGCAGUGUUAGGGAUGAAGCAAACAAAGACUGUGCUACUCAUCAAGACACUUUAGGUAGAACAAGUAAAGAAAAUGAUUAUGCAGAAAACCAGAUAAUUUCAAGUAAAAAAAGUAAUGGAAAUAAAGAGGUCACUAUAUCAGAUAAGAAAGCACAAUUUAAAACAUCUGGGGUAAGCAUCAAGUACAAGCAAAAUGUAAAUAAACAUGAUAUUAAAUCGACAUGUAAGAGUGAAAGGGGAAAUGUAGAGAAAAUGUUUGAUAGUACAGAAUGGGACACAAGCACUUCUCUUGUUAAGAAAAAAACUCAAAUUAUUGAAAAACUAAAAAUGACAAUCGAGAGUGAACAUCUAGAAAAAAGAAAUAAAGAAAACCAGAAAGACACAACUCAGAAUUGGCCUUGUAAUGAAUUGCCUGACUCUCAAACCGGAAUAACAAACAACACAGUUAAUGAUUUAUUAGGUGAAAUUGAAAUAUAUAUACCAUCGCAGUUAAAUGAAGAGCAGUUCAAUAAAAUGCAGUCUACAACAAAUAAUAGUGAACAUUUAGAAGAUGCUCAAAUACAGGAAACAGUCAGAUUAAUUGAAGAUCAGUUCAAUAAUUUGAACUCUGUUACAAUGAACAACAAUGAAAGUGGCCAAUCGCAUGAUCAUGAUGAUUCUGAAAACUUUACAUCAAGCGUACUAAAUAGUGGAUCUAAUAGUCAGCAAGAUGAGACAUCAUAUGACCAUAAUGAUCGAAGUUGUCAAUCUGCUAGAUCUCAAUAUGGUUGGAAAGAUUGUGCAAAGAUCAUAAAUGUAACCCCACAAAUCAAAGAGUGUGAUGUUAUUCAAAAUGGCCAAUCGGUUGAUCAUGAUGAUUCUGAAAACUUUACAUCAAGCGUACUAAAUAGUGGAUCUAAUAGUCAGCAAGUUGAGACAUCAUAUGACCAUAAUGAUCAAAGUUGGCAAUCUGCUAGAUCUCAAUAUGGUAGGAAAGAUAGUGCAAAAAUCAUAAAUGUGACCCCACAAAUUAAAGAGUGUUAUGUUGUUCUAAAAGACACUCAAUAUGGUAGGAAAGAUAGUGCAAAAAUCAUAAAUAUAAACCCACAAAUCAAAGAAUGUAAUGUUGUUCUAAAAGACACUAAAUAUGGUAGAACAGAUAGUGCAAAAACCAUUAAUGUAAACGUUAACCCACACAUCAAAGAAUGUUAUGUUGUUCUAAAAGACUUUAGAAAAGGAAAUGAAUUAACAGAGAACACGGCAAACAAUCAAUCAACUGCAUUAACAAAUAGAAGAGUAGUUAAUGCUUGUAAUGAUUUGAAUGGAGAUGAGGAAAAUCUGAACAGUUUAAGAGCAAAUGACAAAGAAACAAAAGAAGACAAAUCUUUCGGUUCCAGACUUGAAGUAAAUAACCAGAAACAGAAAGGAAACAUUUGCAAAGGACAAAAAUUAAACAAACUAGGAAAUCAAAAGUUUCGUUUCCCAUGUGGAAAAGAAUUCAAAUAUACAUGUAAUGUAUGUUACAAAAAGUUCAACAAGUCACGUCAUUUAAUAAAGCACUCCAGAAUUCACACUAGAGUCAUUACAAAAACACAAAAGCCUAAAACAACACAUUGGUGCUUCCCAUGUGGCAAAGAGUUUGAACGUAUCAGUUGGCUAAAAGUACAUCAGAGAAUACAUACAGAUGAAAGGCCAUAUUCAUGUAAUGUAUGUAACAAAAAGUUCAAGAAUUCAAGUCAUUUAAAAAAGCACACCCUAAUUCACACAAGAAUCAGAACAAAAAUACAAAAGCAGAAAACUACACAUUGGUGCUUCCCUUGUGGCAAAGAGUUUAAUUGUAUGAGUAGGCUAAAAGAACAUCAGAAAAUACAUACAGAUGAAAUGCCAUAUUCAUGUAAUGUAUGUUGUAAAACAUUCAAGAAGUUAGGUUAUUUAAAACAGCACACUCGAAUUCACACUAGUGUCAUAUCAAAUUUACAAAUGCAGAAAACAACUCAUUGGUGCUUCCCAUGUGGCAAAGAAUUUAAACGUGUCUGUAGGCUCAGAGAGCAUCAGAAAAGUCAUUCAGAUGAAAGACCUUACUCCUGUUGCCUGUGUUCUAGAAAAUUUAAGAAGAUAUACAAUUUGAAAUUGCACAGACGUAUACACACAGGCGAAACACCAUAUAAAUGUGAAUUCUGUGAUAAAAAAUUUAGAUAUGGAAGCUCUUUGUGGCGCAUGAGCAAAUUGAAAAUCCACGAGAGCAGUCAUGCAGGAGUAAAGAUUCAGCAUUGUGAUCUUUGUGGUCAAGAUUUUCGAAAUAAAUCUAGUUUAAAGCUCCAUAACCAGAUACACACUGGUGAGAACUAUUUUAACUGUGACCAGUGUGAUAGAAGUUUUAAGGAAGCAAGUAAACUGCAGAAUACAGGAACUCCUUCAAUGAUGGAUGGAAGGAAGAUGUCAACAGAAAAAGAUGUCACAGAGGAGGAAGCUGCUCCAAAAGCUUCGAAUUUUAAAACAGCAGAAAAACAAAUAACUAAAACUAAAGGACCCAACUAUCCUUGUUCUAAAUGUGGAAAAGUGUUUAAUCAAAAAAAAUUUACACAGCCAGCUACGACAAAAAUGUACCUUAAUGUUUCUUAA